AUGGAGUGGAGCACCAUUUGCUCAUUGUGCUCUUUGAUCCGCAAACUGCCACCUCUGCCCAUCGAAGAGGACGUCAAUGAAUCUGAGCUGUGCUCCAGGUUUGUCGAACCAUUUCUUUCCGGUCUUUUUGACGACCAAGAUGCUGGUGUCUAUUUGCGCUGGACCAACGAAACAAGACUGGAAACAAAGAAGUAUGGACAUCAAGACGGUUUGAGCCCUGAUCUCUGUAUCACAGGGUGUUACAGCGUCAAAUGGAACCCCACCUUUGGUUACGACGAGGCUAAGGCAGUCAUCCAAGCGGAAGACCAUCAUUCGGUGUGUUGUUAUCUCCUGAAGCUAGCCGUAUUCUGCAAGAAUGCACUUGACAACCAAAAUUUCGACGGCAUCAUGGGAAUUCAGAUUGUUGGCCGACCAAUCCCUUUUUACGUCCUCCUGCCAGCCAUGCGCUUGUAUAUCAAGCUCAAAUUAGCCGAGAUCAAGUUGCCGGACAGUUUUCAAGGGAUAGCUUCCUUGGUGACAGAAUUGCCGUAUGCGAUCAGUGUUCUGGAAGCAUUUCACAACUGUGCACGCCUACAAAGGACACCCAACGCACCAUCGAUUACCACACCCUAUGCAUCAGAUAAGAUGUCUUCCUGUAAAGCUACAGUACCGCGUUUAGCCUUACUCUUUGCUACUGCACAGAAUUGUUCGAUCGGGUUCAGCUCAGGAGAGUAA